AUGGAAAAGGCUUUCCUCUCUGGACAAAGCAACUCUGAGGCAAAACCCCAGGAGGUUGCUGAUUCCACAUGGGCAGAAGAGGCUCCUGGGAAUGGGUCCCAGAGCUUUAACGAAACUGUCCCUGACGAUACGAAGCUUGAGAAAAGAGUCAAAUGGAAGCAGGACGUGCGCAUCAUACCCUUCGGCGCUGCUAUCUUUCUGCUUGCCUACUUCGACAGGGCCAACAUUGGAAAUGCGAAGACACUCAACGCGAAUACCAAAAAUGAUAUGGCCACCGAGACUGGUAUGACAAAUUAUCAAUUUACAAUUGCCCUCAUGGUCUUCUAUGCGGGCUAUGGAGCAUUUGAAGUGCCCUCAAACUACUUUUUGAAGAAACUUAGGCCUAGUAGAUGGAUAGCUAUCCUGAUGUUCCUCUGGGGAGCAACCAGUAGCUGUCUUGCCGCCGUGAACAAUUACCCUCAGGUCACAGGCGUGCGUUUUGUCCUGGGGGCUGCUGAGGCAGGGUUGUUUCCUGGGCUAGUGUACUAUUUGACUUUCUGGUACAAGACCAGCGAACGUUCAAUUCGUGUCGCGCUCAUCUAUGCUUCCGCCAUUCUCUCAGGCGCUUUCGGUGGUGCGCUCGCAUACGCGAUCGGACAUAUGCAAGGGGUGAGGAAGAUCUCUGCUUGGAGAUGGCUAUUUAUUCUCGAAGGUCUCCCUAGCGUGGUUCUGUCUGCGGCUGUCUGGUAUUGGCUCCCAGACUUCCCAGAAACAGUAUCAUGGCUCACGCCAGAGGAGAAGAAGCUCGCAGUGGCGCGGCUGACCACUGAUGGCUCCAAAGCGCACGAGAGCAACUUCACUUGGAAGAGUGCCAAAAGCACAUUGAUGGAAUUAAGGUUAUGGGCUCAUUACGUGGUCUACUUCGGUCCUUGCGUGGCGUUUGUUGCGCUGUCUUUAUUUACUCCCAGCAUUGUCUUAAAUCUGGGCUACAAAGGCUUAGACAGCCAGCUUAUGACUGUGCCCCCGUAUGCAGUGGGAUAUUGCUUAACGCUCCUUGUGUCAUGGUCUGCUGACCGAUACAAUGCUCGAGCGCUCCAUUCAGCCUGUUGUGCCUUGCUAUCUGCGUCUGGGUAUGGAGCCUCGGCCGCUUUGCCAGCUAAUGCGUAUAAGUCUCGCUAUGGCUGUCUCAUCAUCGCUGCAUCAGGUACAUUCGCCUGUAUACCACCUCUCUUGGGCUGGCUGUCCUCAAAUCUGUUCACCACUGGCAGCGCUGGAUUGGCGAUCGCUCUCAAUAUCACUUUCAGCGUGCCAGGCCAAAUCUUGGGCGUGUGGAUCUACACGGCGAAGGAGGCCCCAAAAGGAUAUCCUACCGGUCAUUGGACAAACUUUGGGAUGAUGCUGACAUGUGCAGCUGGUUGCUUUGGGCUGCGUUGGUACUACAUCAGGCAAAACGCAAAACUUUUGAGGGAGGCUCCGGCGGGGGAAAGCGUGAGAAUCUUUGCAUACUGA